UGAAAAAUUAUUGUUUGAUUGUUAACCGAGAUACGUCAUGUAUAAUUUCCAACCAAAGCGUGACACUUUAUCGAGUUGGAGCUAACGGAGCCCCACGACCUGAUAAUGCGACAGAGCUUCAUCUGCAACCUGCAAAGUCGACAGAUGAAGGUGAUGGGAGAAAGAGCUGUUUGCUUUGGGUCUGAGACUACGAGUUUCUGAAAGGCCCAAGGAAGACUUUUCAUCUGCUGAAAGCUUUUACGAUAAUGCCAGUUCCUCUAGCUCCAUACCCGACUCCUCCAGCACCGUAUACUCCCCCUGCAAAUAGUACCCAGAGCCAGCUUGUCUGCUCGGGCUGCCGAAACCUCUUGCUUUAUCCCGUGGGAGCAUCGUCUGUGUGCUGUGCUGUAUGCAAUGCAGUCACUGCAGUUCCACCUCCUGGCACAGAAAUGGCCCAAUUGGUCUGUGGAGGCUGCCACACCUUGUUAAUGUAUAUACGUGGAGCAACAAGCGUGCAGUGCUCGUGCUGCCACACAGUUAAUCUAGCACUCGAAGCAAAUCAGGUGGCGCAUGUGAACUGCGGGAACUGCAGGAUGCUUUUGAUGUACCAAUAUGGAGCUCGAUCAGUCAAAUGUGCUGUCUGCAAUUUUGUAACUACUGUCGGGGCCUCAACGAGCAUGACAGAGCAAAAGUUCAGCAGCUAAGUUAGCUACGGAAGAUACAUCUUUGCGUCGCAUUUGGUACGAAAGAAGGUUUGCAGUUCGGAAUCACUCGCCAUAUAAAACAGACCGCUCUUUGUAUGGCGAUUCUGAGCAGCUCCUUUUCCAUUCUAUCAUACCAAACAUGGCCUUAUAGAGCUUCCGACUCUAGUUCCAAGUACUACUAUCUCUAGAUUCACUACAGCUCCGGUUAUUUGCCUCUACCGUGUAUCUGUAUCUCUCCAGCGGGAAGAGGAAUUCCUCGUGGCAACUUCGUGUAUAGAGUUAACUGUUCCUACGCGUGACUUCUAAUGAAUAAGGAGUUUUUUGGCUAUGUAUGAAGACUACUGUUGCAAUGACAACUCGGCCGGCUUGUGUGUA